GCCCCAGUUGCCGAGCGCGGGCGCUGGGGGCGGAGCUCGGCGCCGACGGAGACGGAGACUGGGUGGCCGUGACUUCCUCUCGGUGAGGUGGGGGCUGUCCGGACCUCAGGCAGGCGGCCGCGAUCUCCGCGGGACACGCUGCGCUGCGGCGCGAGGCGGCGACAUGAGCGCCGCGGGUCUGCUGGCUCCGGCGCCCGCCCCGGCUGCAGCGCCGCCGGCCCCGGAGUACUACCCCGAGGACGACGAGGAGCUGGAGAGCGCCGAGGACGACGAGCGCAGCUGCCGGGGCCGCGAGUCGGACGAAGACACUGAGGAUGCCAGUGAAACCGACCUGGCGAAGCACGAUGAAGAAGACUACGUGGAAAUGAAGGAGCAGAUGUACCAGGACAAGCUGGCUUCUCUGAAGAGGCAGCUGCAGCAGCUACAGGAAGGUACGUUACAGGAAUAUCAGAAGAGGAUGAAAAAGCUGGACCAGCAGUACAAAGAGAGGAUUCGCAAUGCAGAACUCUUCCUCCAGCUGGAAACAGAACAAGUGGAAAGAAACUAUAUUAAAGAGAAGAAAGCAGCUGUGAAGGAGUUUGAAGACAAGAAGGUUGAGCUGAAGGAGAAUCUGAUUGCUGAGCUGGAGGAGAAGAAGAAAAUGAUUGAAAAUGAAAAGCUGACCAUGGAGCUAACUGGAGAUUCUAUGGAAGUGAAACCCAUCAUGACCAGAAAGUUGCGGAGACGACCAAAUGAUCCUGUCCCGAUUCCAGACAAGAGGAGAAAGCCUGCACCUGCUCAGCUAAAUUAUUUGUUAACAGAUGAACAGAUCAUGGAGGAUCUGAGAACCUUAAACAAGCUUAAGUCACCCAAGAGACCAGCAUCCCCAUCCUCUCCCGAACACUUGCCUGCAACACCUGCAGAGUCUCCGGCCCAGAGAUUUGAGGCUCGGAUAGAAGAUGGCAAGCUGUACUAUGAUAAAAGAUGGUACCACAAGAGCCAGGCCAUCUACCUAGAGUCAAAGGAUAACCAGAAACUGAGCUGUGUGAUCAGUUCAGUCGGAGCCAACGAGAUCUGGGUGAGGAAGACGAGCGACAGCACCAAGAUGAGAAUCUACCUGGGCCAGCUUCAGCGUGGGCUCUUCGUGAUCCGCCGGCGGUCAGCGGCUUGACUUUCCAAGGUCUUCCUCUUCCCUUGACCUUAUUCUGGAGUGGUUUUUAUUUUUGUUUUGUUUUCUUCUUGGUAGAAAAUUCAUAACUGUGACUAGCUACUUGGCCUUGGGCACGGAGAGCACCGUGCGGAUUCUUCAAGGCAUUUACCUGGCUGACCACGUCCAUCUUUGUGCCGUCCUUUCCUGCCUUGACCUUCUUCCAAAAAUCAGUCACCAGGAGACUCUAACUUUAGGAAUACUUCCCUUUCAUUUCUUUAUUUUUUGCUUUUUUUUUUUUUUUAAACCUCCUUUGCGUUUGAAGGGAAGCUUGUUUUAAUAAUUAUCUUUGGGUUUUUCUACUAUGAGGAGCAAGACGGGAUACACUGUGCCGUGCAUUUUCCUGUUUGAAUCUGAUUAGUGGAUCGCAUAGCUCUUCCCUUGUCUUGCCUAAUUCACUGUUUUCCCAGAAGCAUGGGGCAGGAGAUGAAUUCUUCUGGCUCUCGACCUUCUUGGAGAAAUAAAUGCUUUGUAACAUCUGCCUCAUGCCAUCUACUGCACUGACUGAAUGUGAACGAUGGAACAUUCACCCUGGAGACUGCAUCCAAUGAAUGGAGCUGGGAGAGAGCCCUGCCUGUUCCUACUGUGCUGAAGUUACCAUGCUCUAAAUGUUAUUUAAUGCAAGUGAUUUAUUCAGACACAUUUUUUCCUCGCUCAGGGUGAAACAAGAAGUGGUAAUUUCAGAAGAUUUCAUUUGUAAUUCCUGUCUCUUUCCAGCUCUCAAGUAGUUAGAAGUAUCACAAGCCCCAGGCAGGCCAUCGGCAUUCUCUCAUAGGUGGGGUGACAAGGUGGGUUGUUGGCGAUAACCAGAAGUCUGUAGCUUCAUUAUAAUCUGUGUAUCACUCUUGUUGCUGGGUCCAUUGCUGUACUUGGACUGUUCCACACCGAAGAACCCCCAGGCUCCCAGGAGAUCUGGCCCAUGUUGGAGAGGGCUGUGCCAUGCUGCUGCCAAGUCUGCUGCUCUUCCUCCUGAGUCCCAGGGAAACAGCCUGUCCUGCACCCUCUGUUUCUCUCUCAGUCCCUGUAUUGGAGAAGCGGUUCACAGGGUGGUAGGUUCUUUGUCCUCCAUUCACCAUCUUGAGAUGUGUAAAGAUCUGGGGUUAGAGUAACUGUAAGCAUCUCUUUGAGCAGUCGGGCCGUCCACACCUUAGGAACUUUUUGUAAAUAAUCCUUUUGGUCUCGACCUCUUGGACUCUGUUCAUAUGCCUCUUGAUACAGAUAGCCCACAGCAAGUCACCAUCUAAGUUCUAGGUUUCACAGAGACCAAACUUUUCUGACUCAGAGGAAGGACUUGUACAGACGUAUUUUUGUUCUAAUUCAUGUCCAUAUUCAUUUGAAGUUACCAUGUUGGAGUUUUUUAGAAAAGAGGAUAAACGAUGACGUUUAUUAAAAGUUGCCCAGA